AUGGGGUCAAUCGGGGAUCAACCAGUCCUGGGGCUCACAGCCUUGGAGCGUAUCGGACCUAAGGGAUAUCUGCGCUACGUCUUCCCUUUCCAGCUGCAAGACGAUUAUGAUUUGGAUGAAGUGGCUGGAGCCCUAGAGGCCGGGUACCAGGCUCUCACACAACGGAUCCCGGUGGUGGCGUCUGAGGCAGUUCCCGACCUCGAGACGAAGCAAAAGGGCGUAAUGAGAUUUCAGCCGCGGGACACCCGCGACGCAACACAGAUCCUCGUCAAAGACCUGCGUGACUCCUAUGCCUCUGACUACGCCGGACUGAAACAUCAGCAUUUCCCCGUGGCUGCCUUCGAUGCCGAUACAUUCUGCCGUCGAUCGGUCUGGCCCUCAGCUGGAGAACGAAUGCCAGUUUCCCUUGUGCAGGCCAACUUCAUCCGCGGGGGACUGGUACUCACAUGGUGCAUUUUACACAUGGCAGGAGAUGGUAACUCAUUCUCCACGUGGACGGCGAUUUGGGCAGAAGAAUGUCGUCGUGCACAGGGGCUGGAAAUCGUGGCCCCAAUUCAACUUCCCGACGCCGUCUGGAAAGACCGUGAGCAAGUGACCAAGCCCUCAGGUCGCAAUGCGGGCGAACUGGAAAACCAUCCUGAAUAUACCCUCCUUCCUUUCACGCCGCCCGGAGCACCACCCAAGAUGACCUCCUUGAACCAUCGUGGUCAGGUCUUUUACUUCUCCCCGGACUCUCUUGCAGCCUUGAAGGUCGAGGCAUCGCCUGGCAAGGCUACCGAGCCCUCCGACCAGAAAUGGAUCUCCACCAACGACGCUCUCUCCGCACUUCUCUGGCGAACCGUGAUGGCAGUCCAGUCACCCUUGGAUACACUGGAGGGUGAUCCCGUCUCUGUUUUCAAUCUCGCUAUCGAUGGGCGCCAACGAACGGAUCCCCCAAUCCACCCGGACACUCUAGGAUGCUUCCUGGAGUACGUUGCUGUUAUUCUUCCCAUUCGCAAGAUGCUGAGUACCUUGAGCCUGGCCGAUCUAGCCAUUCAGAUCCGAAAGGCCAUCCUGCGGGCUGACAAGCAAUUCACGGACGAUGUCGUUGCUUUGGUGGACCGGCUCGAAGAUGUCGAUCGAUUGGUCCCAACCGCCUUCCUGGAUGUUCCUGGGUAUAAUUGUGUGCAGACCUCCUGGUUGAACUUCAAACUGUACGGGCUGGACUGGGGCUCUUCACUAGGCCAUCGUAUUGAGGCCGUUCGCGUGCCGCACAUUGGAUGCAUCAAUGGCGCUCAAGUUGUGCUUCCAGUACUGCCGGAUGGCGGGAUGGAGAUCUUGGUGGGGGUGGAAGAGAGUUGCUUGGAUCGACUGCUAACUGAUCCUUUGUUUACCAAAUAUGGAUCGCCUCCAUAUGUGGAGUCACACCAUGUGCACCCCACGGAGUUAAUUAAACCCCGGGAUGGGCCGGGUGGGCCAGCUCAGCAUGUGAGGUCUCAGGAACCCCAGGCACCUAGAUCAUGCUCUCAAUUCUCCGAGAAUGAACCUUCUGUUCUGAAUUCAGCUAGGCACAUAGCAGCAGCCAAACCGCAGGACCUCUCUCCAGCAUUUGACCCACCCCGAACGGCUAUUUCGCAGCGACGUCCCUGUGCCUGA